GGAGAGCAGAAGGAAGCUGGAACCCGGUCCUGUAAGACCCACCCGCGGGAGACCGUGAGCGCCCAGGGCUCCCGCCACCGUGCAGCAUGGGGGGCAACAACAACAGCACCCUGGACGACCUGCAGACGGUGGAGAUCCACCACUGGUACAAGAAGUUCAUGACGGAGUGUCCCUCCGGGCAGCUGACGGAACAUGAAUUCAAGCAGUUCUUUGGGCUCCGGGGUCUGGACCGAGAGGCGAACAAGUACAUCGAGCAGAUGUUUCGCACCUUCGAUAUGAACAAGGAUGGCUACAUCGACUUCAUGGAGUACGUGGCCGCCCUCAGCUUGGUCUUGCGGGGGAAGAUGGAACAGAAGCUUCGCUGGUAUUUCAAGCUCUACGAUCAGGACGGCAAUGGCUGCAUUGACCGGCAAGAACUGCUCAACAUCAUUAAGGCGAUCCGUGCCAUCAACGGAGGCAACCAUGAGAUGAGCGCUCAGGAAUUCACCAACCGUGUCUUUGACGCGAUCGACCUCAACGGCGACGGUGAGCUUUCCCUGGAGGAGUUUGUGGAAGGGGCAAAGAAAGAUAAGGAGUUUAUGGAAGUGAUGAUGAAGAGUCUGGAUUUGACCCACAUCGUCGCCAUGAUCAACGCCCGGCGGCGCAGCGUCUGACAGCCGGGGCAGGGGCCGAGUUUUGCAGAAGAAACAGUGGACGCUGCAGGGAAGG